CGCCAUGCUGCGGCUGCCGGGCGGGCUGCGCUGCCGCCUGCGGGACGGGCCGGCCCCCAGCCCGGGCCCCCCGGCCCCCCCUCCCGCCCCGGGCCCGCUCGUCCCGCCCGUCCCGCCCUUCGCCUUCACCCCGCGUCGCCUCCGGCUCGGCCCGCACCACCCGCUCCUGGAGGAUGGGGACGUCCACAGGCACCUCUACCUGCAGGGGGUCCUCACCAGCCUGGCCGAGGUGCCCGAGAGACCCAAGGUGUCUGAAUUCAGCUGCCACAUCUCUGGGUGCUGCCAAGUGUUUGACACUCUGGAAGGCUACGAGCACCACUACAACACCCUGCACAGGAACGUCUGUUCCUUCUGCAAGCGCUCCUUCCCCUCAGGACAUCUGUUGGAUAUUCACAUCUUGGAGUGGCACGACUCACUCUUCCAGAUAUUGGCUGAGAAGCAAAACAUGUACAAGUGUUUGGUAGAGGGCUGUGCAGACAAGUUCAGGAGCAGCAAGGAGAGGAAGGAUCACUUGGUCACUGUUCACCUUUACCCUGCUGACUUUCGCUUUGAUAGACCGAAGAAAGUGAAAAGCUGCCCAAAGCAUGUGAGCUCUCCCAUCAAACAGGGUGCCAGCGUGCCCAUGGAUGUGAGUGUGGAGACCUCAGAGCCUUUCCAAGUGGACUCCAUGGAAGUGGGGCCCAGUGAGGACAUGGAGCCUCCUGCCAGCCCUGGCCCCUCGGUGCCAGAGAAACGACUCUUUAAAUCCAGGGUCCCAUCCACAAUUUGCUUUGGACAAGGUGCCACACGAGGAUUUAAAGGACCAAGGAAGAAGGUCUGAAGAUCAGUGCACCAGAACUGUGCCAGGAAGCCCUGCAUCCCCUCAGCUGGCCUGGGGGCAGGUUGUCACCCUUCCCUGCCAGUGUGACUGUUUUAAGAUGGCUUCUGAAACGCAGAUAAAGAGACCACCUUUAGGAAGGAGACACUGAUUUGUUGCAGGUGUGUGCAAAGCUGCGUGUUGGUGCCUUCCCACAAAUCAAGCUCACCCAAAUGAGAUUUUUCAGAAUAUAUUUGUACACAAAACUAUAAAGUUCACAAGCGUCCUAGUCCAUCCUCUUCAGAGUGUUUGGCUAGUGAUUUACAUCUAGCUAGCAUAUGGUUACAUCACUUUUUCUGCUAUCACACAAGCUCAGGGGAAGGGUCUUCACCUGGGCAGGGGUCUUUUUGACCUGGGGAUGGGAUUUUUAGUGUUAUAUUGCCACAAUAUUGCAAGUUCUACAGCUCUAACUGCCCAAGACUGAUUCAGACAUCAAUCUUUUGAUUCAGGUUCUUUGUCAUCUCCUGCAUUCCUUAGGUCCAAUUAUCCAUUUAGACCUCAGGUCUUCUCUGCCAAGUUGGUGAUUUAGGUGAGACACCCUCAGAACCUCUUUAUGAAUUGCCUUCUUCAAGGCCUGGUUAUUGUGGGGUGGCCUUGCCCAGUGCUGGCUGUGGCACUAAUUGUGUACUUGACUGCAAUGUUAAUUGUAUAUAGAAUCAUAGACUCACAGGCUCGUUUGGAUUGGAAGGGACCUUAAAGAUCACCCAGUCCCAACCCCCUGCAUGGGCAGGGACACCUCCCAGCAGCCCAGGUUGCUCCAAGCCCCAUCCAACCUGCCCUUCAACACUGCCAGGGAUGGGGCUUCCAUGACUUCCCUGGGCAACCUGUUCCAUCUGACAAAACCACAGCAUUCUAAAUUUUGGAGUAAUUUUCCAACCUGAGCAAAGGGAAGGAUCAAAAUCCAGAGAAAGAGCAGUGUAUAUUACAACAAUUAAUUAUUCUUUCAUUAUCUCUCAGUUUUUAGAAGCCAGGACAGCCCCUGGGACAGCACCCAGAUGGGCGGUGGGUUGAGCUCCCCAUCAAUUGCUGGCAGAAGUGUCUCAGGCUUACAAGGAAAGGCUGAGAGACCUGGGGCUGUUCAGUCUACAGAGGAGAAGACUGAGAGGGAACCUAAUUAAUGUCUAUAAAUACAUGAGGGCAUCAGGAAGGCAGGGACAAGCUCUUGUCACUUGUGCCGUGGGACAGGAUGAGGGGCAAUGGAUUCAAACUCCAGCACAGGAAGUUCCACCUCAACAUGAGGAAGAACUUCUUUCCUGUGAGGGUGACAGAGCCCUGGGACAGGCUGCCCAGAGAGGCUGUGGAGGCUCCUUCUCUGGAGACCUUCAAGACCUGUCUGGAUGCCUUUCUGAGUGACCUGCCCUAGUUUUGGUCCUGCUCUGGCAGGGGAGUUGGACUCGAUGAUCUCCAGAGGUUCCUUCCAACCCCUGACAUUCUGUGAGGGCUGUGGAGGAGCACUGCAGUGAGGAGGUGAGAGGAAAUCAACUGCUAGAGCUGAGACUGCAGCUUUAUUUCUUGUAUUUUUUUUUACCUUUUGGGGGAACAUACGGAUUCAAGAAAUUCUGCUGACUAUACAGAAGCUGGAACCACUGACAAAAAGAAAAAAAAACAGAAGGAAAAAAAAAAAAAAAGUGUUGCUCUCUCAUUCUGCCCUUCUCCAUCUCUCUGAAGUGUGCUCCACUUGUGGUGGAGCUCUGAAAACUGCAAGAGGUUUGCCCAGGGCAGGAUGAACAUUCAGGUGCCUUAGAUCACUUCUAUGGGGAGCUAAAAUAAAGUGACUUGCAACUAGGUGAAUAAAUAAAAGGACUUUUUUACAAAA